AUGCCUAAGUCCAAAAGAUCUAAAGUUGUAGCAUUAACUAAGGUUAAGAAAGAUGCCACAGGACACAAGCAAAAAAUUCAAAAUAAAUUAAAUGAAUGUGUCCAAAAGUACGAUAACAUCUAUGUUUUCUCUCAUGAAAAUAUGACCACUAUCCCAUUCAGAGAGAUUCAAGCUUAAUGGAGUGAUUCAAGAUUCUUCUUAGGUAAAAACAAAGUCAUGCAAAUCGUUUUAGGAAAGGACUCUGAUUCAGAAUAAUUAGACAACUUACAUUACUUGACUGAAUAAAUUAAGGGUGAUUGUGGUUUGCUUUUCACUAACAAAACCUAUGAAGAAGUCAAAAAUUUCUUUGAUUCAUAUGGAUGCGAAGAAUUUGCCAAGGCCGGACAUGUUGCCAACGAAACUAUAAUUCUUUAAAAGGAUAGUGAUGUCUUCAAUACAUUUGCUCACACUAUGGAUGUUUACUUGAGAAAACUUGGUGUAGAUGUUAUCUUAUAAAAUGGUAUUUUGAACUUACAAUCUAAUUUUGUACUUUGCCAAGAAGGAAAACCCAUAAACACUGAAUAAGCUAAGCUUUUGAAAUUGUUAGGAUACAAGAUAGCAUAGUUUAAGAUAGAAUUAAAGUGCUGCUAUCACAAGCCAUCAACCACUUUCAAAAAGUUAAAUUGA